AUGAAAGAUUUUCAGAUGAAAGCAGAGGAGAAGGAUGAGAGGAAAGACGACACAAAGAAGAUGAAACCACCUCAAAAGUUCGGCUGGAUCGAGGGAGUUUUGGUACGAAGUGCGAUGUCAAUAUUUGGUGUCAUCUUCUACCUACGUUUAACCUGGGUGACAGGUCAAGCUGGCAUUUUGCUAGCGUCUGGCAUUGUGAUUGUCAGUAGUAUCAUUGCGCUGUUUACGGCAUUGUCUUUAUGUGCAAUUUGCAGCAAUGGACGAAUAAAAGGAGGGGGUCCAUAUUAUAUAAUAUCGAGGUCGCUGGGACCGGAGUUUGGCGGUAGCAUCGGAAUAAUAUUUUCCACGGCCAACGCGGUCGCGGUCGGCAUUACAAUAAGCGGUUUUGCUGAAACACUGAACGAAGUUUUGAAGAGUUACGGCGUUGUGUUCAUCGAUGGGGGCAUCAAUUCGGUCCGCGUGCUUAGUUGGAUUACUGAAGUCGUGCUGUUCAUAAUCGUGAUCACAGGUGUCAACUUCGAGUCGAAGACGCAACUGGUGCUGAUGACCGUCGCCGUCGCUUCAGUGGCCAAUUACUACAUCGGCUCGGUGCUGAAGCCGACCGACUCGCAGAAGGCGCGUGGAAUGACCGGCUACAAGAUGUCCACCUUCUCAGACAACAUGCUGCCAAAUUUCAGAGGCGAAUCGCUUUCUACCAUAUUCUCCAUAUACUUCCCCGCCAUUACUGGAUUUCUGGCAGGAGCGAAUAUGUCCGCCGGCUCAACGGUGCUCAGAGAUGCAUCUGGUUCAAUUGAAGACAUUGUGUUUGGGAAUCUGUCGGCGUGCAACGAAUCCUGUAAAUAUGGACUGCUAAAUUCUUACCAGGUGAUCGAAAUGGAGGGAGGAUGGGGUCCUCUGAUCACGUUGGGCAUUUUUGCAGCCAGCUUGAGUUCCGCCCUUGCAGCUAUGGUUUCGGCUCCUCAGAUUUUCGACGCGGUUGCAAAGGACAAAAUAUUUCCAUAUUUGGAAGUUUUGACCUCUGUUCCAAGUGGCAAAGGCAAAAACCACCCAAAGAAAGCACUUUUUCUGACGUUCUGCAUUGCAGCGUUAAUCAUCGCCAUCGGGGAAAUAAAUUCGAUUGCCCCAAUCAUCACUAACUUUUAUAUGGCUUCCUACGCUCUCAUUAAUUACGCAUGUUUUGACGCUUCCUUCGCUCAAUCCCCUGGAUUCAGACCGGCCUUUCGCCAUUACAACAAGUGGAUAUCACUACUUGGCGCUCUCAUUUGCAUCGUUUUGAUGUUUUACAUUAACUGGUGGGCGGCGCUAAUGACCACGACGUUCAUUCUUCUGAUGUACGUCUACCUGGUUCGAAGAAAACCUGACGUAAACUGGGGCACAAGUUCUCAGGCAAACAUGUACCGAAGUGCUUUGCAAAAAAUCCUAAAACUACAGAAUAUGCCUCAUCACGUGAAAACGUAUCGGCCGCAAUUUUUGGUUUUAACCGGAAGUCCGGUUCGACGACCGGCUUUAGUCGAUUUUGUGUCGAAUAUAACGAAAGACAGCUGCUUGAUGAUAUGCGGUCACGUGGUCCCGGGCACGGUAACAGAACGGCUGAUAGCGGCGGUAGAUAAUUUUACCCAACAUAUGUUCAAAUGGCUAAAGAGACGUCGCGUUUAUGCAUUUUAUCGAGCAGUGAUCUCUUCGACAUUGCUUGAAGGAGCACAGUCACUUUUGCAGCUAUCCGGAAUGAGCAACUUGAUGCCAAACAUCCUUUUCAUUGGGUACAAGAAUAAUUGGGAAGAAUGCACACUCAAAGAGAUUUACGACUACUUUCAACUAAUCCAUCUCGGAUUUGACUUUGACAAGGGAGUGUGCAUUCUUCGUUUACCUCAAGGCUUUGACAUCUCUCAGCUGAUCGAUGAAACGAGGAAAACCGAAAUGCUUCACCAAACCUCAGACGACGGCCAAAAUGUCUGGACUGCACAGAGUGACCGGAACCUGCGGAAAACAAGUAUACAGUCGGCGGUCAGUAGCGACACGGACGUGUUUCCAAACGACCUAGAAUACAAAAACCGUUGCAAGUUCUUGAGUCAAAACAGUGAAUUUGAUGCGAGCAGUUUGGAUGUGAAUUUCUCGGAGUCGAUCAUCGACGUCAUCAACGGCAAAAGCAUUGCCCCACGGACUCAUCCGGCGGUGAAGAGUUUGAGGUGUGAUCCAGGUUAUGAGAGUUCAAUUGAUGAAGAGUCGAUCCGAGACCUGCAGUUCGAAAUCGUAACCAGCAACGUUCACAAAGCACUCGGUCCAAGGAAAAAGUCUACUGUUUUGAAUCGCAUCAAGUGGAAGAAGAAGAGCACCGGCGCCUCGACACAGUUUGAUGUGUUUAAAACUAAGAUUAAGAAAGCUGUCAUCGAUGUUUGGUGGCUGUACGACGACGGAGGUCUUACGGUGCUCAUAUCACAUCUACUGACGCUGAACAAGUCAUAUCUUCAAGGAUCGAAAUUAAGGAUAUUCACCAUCACUAACUGCGAGAGUAAAAUUGAAGAAGAAAAGCAAAAGCUUGCAGAAAUGCUCAGCAAAUUUCGCAUCGAAUUCAGCGAAGUGUGCGUUUUGCCCAAUUUGAAUACACCGCCAGAUUCAUCAGUGCAGGAAGAAUUCACUAAAUUUAUCGAGAAGUUUCUAGUUCCAACUGUGUCUACCAUGGAUCCUAGUGAACCUGCCUUUUCAGUGUAUACUGACGAGACAGAGUUAACUAACAUGAAACAACGGGUAAAGUUUCAUACUUUACGAUACCUAAGAAUCCGACAUUUGCUGCUGGACAAGUCAAAAACCGCAAACCUCAUCGUGCUCACGUUUCCUAUUCCAAGGAAACGAGGAAUAUCGGCGAGUCUGUACCUCACAUGGUUAGAAAUGCUAACAAAAGACUUGCCACCUAUACUUCUCGUACGCGGUAACCAGAAGGCUGUUCUGACAUUUUACAGCUGA